AUGCCUUUAAAGAAUUUUAUUGAUUUAACUGAUGGAGUUAUCUCACUAAUCCCAUGCAUUGCAACCGAAUCUAGAUUAGAUAUAAAUAUAAUAAUUGGAAUGAUUUGCAGAUUAACAAUUUUUACACUUUUAAUACUAUUUAAGGAUAUAAAAUAAUAUUCUAUUGGCGAAGUUGUUGCUUGGAUAAUAGCGGGACUAGUCUAACAUCUCUAUAUAUUAUUGAUUGAAUGGCAAUAUACUAAGCUAGGGAUAUGCACAACUCUGAGAAGAGAAAUAUAAUAUAAAAUUAUGGAUUCUCUGCAACUAUUGGUGGGAAUAAUAUUUUUAGUACUAAAUUUAAAGUCAUCUCUGGAAAUAUUGGUCUUGGUAUUAUUUUCAAUCAACUUUAUAUUGAAUUUAAUUGUUAUCAUUUAUAAACGUAAAAUAAAAGAAGGCUAUACAAUGGAUUAUAUAAAGAAAGGUGGUAAUUAUUAACUUUAUUUUGGAUUUUUAUUUGGGGCUGUUGGCAUUAUUAUAGUAGUCUUGUAUUAUGGUCCGCUAUUUUUAGAAUAAGUGGACUCUGAGAGUUUUUAUCGUUUUGCUUGGAUUUUAUCAUUUGUUGGUUAAUCUACAGUAAUAGUAUUAUCAUUCUCGUAUUUUUGUCGUAAUUGUUCAAGAUUUAGCUGGAGUUAUGAUUGGGCUAAAGGUAUCUUACAUUUUUUCUAUGGAAUUAAAGUAGGGAUUUUUAGUAUCAUCUAUGGGUUAAUAACUGGCUUUGUUUUACUGGGAUGGUUUAUAUGGGGAUUUGGUUUCAAACCUAGAUGCGACAGGCACCGAAAGAGAAAGUAGGAAAGUGAAUAAAUAGCCACAGCAUGA